AUGAAAGAGCACGUAGUGACUAGAGUUAGGCAGGAAAAGAAACCACAGAUGCAACAGCUGUACAAAGUAACAGAUUGGUUUCGAAGAGCAAUGCGUUGCAGGAAGAUGCAGAUAACAUUUUCAGCCGUGGUGGAGAAGAAAUUAGCAGAAAAGCUAUCAGAUUCCUCUUUCCCAAGCACUGUUGCUCUUACAAUAGAGUUGGUAAGAAAGUCAAUGGAAAGCUCAAAGAAAUUUGAAAUCUCUGAAGAGUUGUGGAAUAAUAAGAAUGAAGCAGACUCUGCAGCCAUAUGGAAAAACUUGAGAUCUGAGAAAUUCGUUCUGUUGCUAGAUGAUGUCGGCUGUCGAUGGCAUUAUCACUUAUUGGAGGAAGCUGGAAUUCCUCAGAAUGGUAAUGAUAAUGGAUCCAAAGUAAUCUUCACCACUAGAUCAAAGGAUCUCUGUGACAGGAUGCGGGCAAAAAGUGUCGAAGUGAAGUGUUUGUCUCUUGAAACUGCGCAAGAAUUGUUUCAAUUGUGCGUGGGACGACCAAUUCUGGAUUCUCAUUCGGGAAUCCCAAAACUUGCCUAUGAUGCUACAAAAGCCUGUAAUGGCUUGCCGCUUCUGCUAGUCACUAUUGGACGAGCCAUGGCAAGUAAGACCAGCUUUCGAGACUGGAAACGUGAAGUUGACAAUAUAAAGGAACGACUGACAAAAGUUGCUGAUGUAGAAGCUCAAGUGUUUUCUGUUCUCAAGGUAAGCUAUGAUACAUUAAGCUCAGAUACUCAUAAGAAAUGCUUUAUUUAUUUCUGUUUGUUUCCAGAAGGCCAGAAUGUUAAGAAACAGGAAAUAAUUGAGCUUUGUAUUGCGGAAGGGAUAUUAGACGACAUAAUUGAUCCACGGGAAGAAGGGCAAGAAAUAAUCUCAAGCUUAAAACUUGCAAGUUUGCUUGAAAAUGGCAAGUCAGAAAAAUUUGUUAAGAUGCACACUGUGAAUCAUGCAAUGGCAUUAUGGCUAGCUUGUGACGAGGGGAAGGCAGAGGACAAAGUCCUGACACAGGAGAAUGCGUUGGAGUCAUCAUCAAAAUGGCAUGUCUGGUUGACUGCAUUUACAAUGUCAGUUGAUGCAAGUAUCUAUUCUCCACAAUAUGAUGAAGCAAGCUUUCUUGAGGAAUUGGAAUGCUUAAAACACAUAAAAGAGCUAGGUAUCAUCUUGUCUUCGUCCGACGCUGUCCUGAAACUGCUGAGCAGCCACAAGCUGCGAAAAUGCAUCAAACAACUGAAGUUCGUGAAGCCUGCAGAUCAGGUCUCAGUACCCUUGUCUAAAUUGUCUCUGAAAAGCAUGGAGCAUCUAGAAAGACUCGAGUUGUGGAACUGUCCGUCGCUGAUGGAGGUUGAAGUUAACAAUGAAAGCGAUCAAGAGUCACAGGUGUUUCCUGGUUACCGCAAGUCGUUAGUACAGGAACUCCUCCAAAAUCUUAGUUUUGUAAGCAUUUUCAACUGUCAGGUUAAGAAUGUGGCUUGGCUCAUCCACGCUCCAAAUGUUCGAAAUUUGACAUUAUGCGAAUGUAAUGAAAUGGUUGAAUUAGUGGAUGAAAAUUCAGGAGAGGCUAUGUUCGCCAAUCUCACAGAUUUAUCCUUGACAAGCCUGCCAAAGCUGGAAUACAUCUCCCGCCGGACUCUGCAAUUUCUUUGUCUGAUAAGCUUAUCUGUAUGCUUCUGCUCAAAACUAAAGAAUCUACCGUUCAAUUCCAGUAGUGCAAAGAAUUUAAAAGAAAUAAAGGGACCUAGAAACUGGUGGGAUGGCUUGCAAUGGACGAGUGAUACUGAUGGGGACACUUUCUUUCCGAAAUUGCAGGAAACAAAAAGAAAAGUUAUGAUAAAGGUGCAAAUUACUGGGAAGUACCGUUUCAAAGCAGUGAAUGUUGCAGCCAGCUGUUCAGGUGUGGAGUAUGUGGCAAUAACAGGACCAGAGCAAAAUCAGAUCGAGGUGAUCGGAAAAGAGUUUGGUCCGAUAAGAUAUUGCUGCAUACGGAUGGGACCCACCAAUUAA